AUGCCAGCUCUAGAUGUUCCAGAGGAGAGGCUGAAGAAAUUCAAGUACCGGGGCAAAGAUGCAUCGACCAGGCGUCAGCAGCGGAUAGCAGUCAGCUUGGAGCUCCGGAAGGCCAAGAAGGAUGAGCAGGUCUUGAAGAGAAGGAACAUCACCCCCUUCUCCCUUGACCCGGCUUCCAAAGGUCCUUCUAGAGGGACGAGCCUGUCCCUAACGGAAAUCAUCAGCAAUAUCAACACCUCCGAUCCAGACCUCUGUUUACAGGCCACCCAGGCAAUCAGAAAAAUGCUCUCCCGAGAGAAAAACCCUCCCCUGAAGCUGGUGGUGGAUGCGGGCCUGAUUCCACGGUUGGUCGAGUUCCUCAAAUCCUCACUCUACCCAUCCCUGCAGUUUGAGGCAGCCUGGGCCCUGACCAACAUCGCCUCGGGGACUUCGGAGCAGACCCGAGCUGUAGUGAAUGGGGGCGCCAUCCUGCCCCUGGUGGCGCUCCUUUCCUCCCCCAACAUGACUGUGUGCAAACAGGCAGUAUGGGCACUUGGAAAUAUAGCAGGGGAUGGCCCAACCUUCAGGGACAUUGUCAUCUCCAGCAAUGCAGUUCCCCAUCUGCUUUCUCUGGUCUCACCCACCACACCAGUUCCAUUUCUGCGGAUCAUCACCUGGACCCUGUCCAACUUGUGCCGGAACAAGGACCCAUACCCAUGUGAUAUGGCUGUGAAGCAAAUACUGCCCACCCUCUCCCAGCUCCUCCAGCACCAAGACCCUGAAGUACACUCGGACGCCUCCUGGGCCCUGUCCUACCUCACUGACAGUUCCAACCAGCGCAUCAGCCAAGUGGUGGACCUAGGGGUCCUGCCCAGGCUGGUGGAGCUCAUGACCAGCCCGGAACUCAAUGUCUUGACCCCCUCCCUGCGCACGGUGGGAAACAUUGUCACAGGCACGGACCAUCAGACCCAGAUGGCCAUCGAUGCUGGCAUGCUAAGUGUGCUACCCCAGCUCCUCAGGCACCCCAAAUCCUCCAUCCAGAAGGAAGCAGCCUGGGCCCUGAGCAACGUGGCUGCUGGGCCUAGCCAGCACAUCCAGCAGCUUAUCUCCUAUGACAUUCUGCCACUCCUGGUGUCACUGCUGAAGAACGGCGAGUAUGGAGUCCAGAAGGAGGCUAUCUUGACCAUAGCUAACUUCACAACCGGGAGUACUGUGGAGCAACUGAUCCAUCUGAUCCAGGCUGGUAUCCUGCAGCCUCUGGUGAAUCUCCUCACCAUCCACGAUAACAAAAUCAUUCUCGUUAUCCUCAACAUCCUCUCUUACAUCUUCCAGGCUGCGAGGUCCUUUUCUCAGAAGCAGAGACUGUGUUUUCUCAUUGAGGAACUCAGGGGCCUUGACAGAAUCGAGGCCUUGCAGCUCCACGAGAACCCUCAGAUUGCACUGUCUGCUUCCAGCAUUGUGGAAAGACACUUGUGUGAGAUGCAGCUCUAG